AUGGGUUCGUCAAUAAUAAACGAGAGAGCUACAAGUUCAAAAAACUCGGAGGCAACAUUUUAAAAUUCUGAUGACAAAGAAAGCUAGAUAUUUCAGAAAAUUUUUGAUCAAGAGGCAAAACAAGAUGUGGUUUUUGACAGCAUUGCCAAACCAGUAGCAGAAUGUGUUUUGGCAGGAUAUAAUGGUACUAUCUUUGCGUAUGGUCAGACAGGUAGUGGCAAAACUUUUACCAUCACAGGAGGAGCAGAACGUUACAGUGAUCGAGGCAUCAUUCCCAGGACUCUAUCUUAUAUUUUUGAUCAAUUGCGGAAGGAUAGCGGUAAAGUGUAUACAACUCAUGUUUCCUACUUAGAAAUCUACAAUGAAUGUGGUUAUGAUUUGCUGGACCCAAGACAUGAGGCCUCCAGAUUGGAAGAUUUGCCAAAAGUGACAAUAAUGGAAGACCCUGAUCAGAACAUUCAUCUGAAGAACUUGUCUCUUCAGCAAGCAACCAAUGAAGAGGAAGCCUUAAACUUACUCUUCUUGGGAGACACCAACAGAAUGAUUGCUGAGACACCAAUGAAUCAAGCCUCAACCCGAUCUCACUGCAUUUUCACUAUCCACAUCUCCAGCAAGGAACCUGGAUCUGCAACUAUUCAACGGUCCAAGUUACACUUAGUAGACCUUGCUGGAUCAGAACGUGUUGCAAAGACUGGAGUUGGAGGUCACUUAUUGACAGAAGCCAAAUAUAUCAACCUGUCGUUACAUUAUUUGGAACAGGUAAUAAUUGCCCUUGCAGAGAAAAACCGGUCCCACAUUCCUUACCGAAACUCUAUGAUGACCUCAGUGCUAAGGGACAGCCUGGGAGGAAACUGCAUGACUACCAUGAUAGCAACGCUCUCUAUAGACAAAAGAAACAUAGAUGAAUCUAUAUCAACGUGCAGAUUUGCACAGCGAGUUGCUCUUAUUAAGAAUGAAGCAGUUCUUAAUGAAGAAAUUGACCCCAGAUUGAUGAUUGUCCAGCUGAAAAAGGAGAUCCAGGACUUGAAGGAUGAGCUGGCGCUGGUGACUGGCAAGCAAAGAACAUCAGAGCUUUCACAAGAAGAGCUACUUCAGUUGGAUGAGUUAGUUGAAACGUUUCUCGAAGAUAAUGAUCCUGAUAGCACUCUGGCUGUUGGUGCUGACAUGCGCAAGAUCAAGUAUUGCUUCAUUCAUAUGAAGCAACUAAUGAAUCAUUCAAAGAUUUCUGAUAAAAAACUGCUCUCACAACACAUCUCUGAAGAAAAAGACACUAACAAAGAAACAGGAGAAGAAGAACUGAAAAAACUGAAAGAACUUCUGCAGCAAAGAGACAAUGAAAUCAAUAUUCUGGUAAAUAUGCUAAAAAAAGAAAAAAAGAAAGCACAAGAUGCUCUUUUCCAGCUUAAUGCUGCUUCUGCUGGUUCUACAGUCUUGGAGCAGCCUCUUUCUGUAAAUUUGGAAGAAAGUAGGAGCCCAUUUAGCUGUUUUAGUCUGAAAGAGGCAAAAGAUUUCAGCUCUUCUGUUCACAGACUACUUUUUCUUUCCAGACAAACAGGAGGAAAGAUGUCACUUGGAUGUCAGGAAGCUUUUGAAGUUUUCAAGCGGGACCAUGCUGACAGUAUAACCAUUGAGGACAACAAACAGCUUCUAAAACAGAGGUUUGCCGAAGCUAAAUACCUUGGAGAAAAAUUAAAUGAAGUGAGAAAUAAAAUAAACCAUCUGAAAGGAGAAAUAACCCAGAGGCACAUUCAGAGGGCAGCUCUAGCUGUUUCCAGUCCUUCUGAAGAGCUAAAUAUGCUUGAUCCAGUAGAAGAAAAACUUCGAAUGCAAAUUGAAGAAGAAAAAAAAAGUUAUCAAACUAUGUUCAAUCGCUUGAAAAGGCUGAAGGUAGAGAUUGAGCACCUGCAGCUUCUUCUGGAAAAAGUCAAGAUGAAGCUGCAAAAAGACUUUGAAGUCUGGUGGUCUGAAGAGGCAAUAAAUCCACAGCAGGAAAAGCCAGAGAUGGUUAACUCACCAAAUACCACAACUGUUUAUCCCCCGUUUAUCAAAUCCUCACAACAUCUAUCAACUAACAGUUUUUCAGAGACCACAAGAGUCAGCCCCAAUGAAGAUCCAGCUGGGAAAAACAAUUCAAUCACUUCUAGUAACCCUAGUUUAAAAACAAGGAUGCCACCAAGUUCAAGUACAUCUAUUCCUCUGACUGGAGACAGCCAGGCUGAUGUUGACAUCCUAGCUUUCAUUAAAGCAAGACAGAACAUCCUGCAAAAGAAAGGUAAAUCCUGCCAAGAAAUAGGAAGCCAAACCAAAAUCUCCAGUACAGCAUUUUAA